AUGUCAUUGGAGGAGCUGGGAAAUCUAGCAGAUAUAGUCUAUCCCUUUCGUCGAGGAAUCAUCCAACCUGUUCCAGAGGUUGAUCCCACAUCCUCUCAGUCGGUUUUGCCGUCUAUGAUAGCGGGCACAUCAAGCUCAGGUCGAUCAAAUACAACUGAGACUACUCGUACUCUUGUUGAAGAAGAGCUAGAAGAGCAAGAGGGGAUUGACCCGGACUUUCCCGCCAAUAAUACCCAGUUUGGUCAUCUCCUGAUUGUGCCAAGUGAUACCAGUUCCGCAUAUAAUGAGCCAGGAAGUCAGCAAUUACUAAGUUCAACAGGAGAUGAAGACACAUUGAUAAAUUCAUCAGAAGGAGAUGAACAAAUCCCCGAAAGGGAUGCCAUGAUUGGUGAAGAAGCUCAGGACGUUCAACUCCAGGAAGAUGAUGAUAUUUCUAUCCACGGUGAGAUGUUAGAUCGUCUUCAUCGUGAAGGUGACUGGUCUGAACUCAAUAGGCUCUGGAAUGUUAUUGUCAAAGAAACAUUACGUUCUAUCAAUGGAGAACUGGAGACUUGUUUCAUACCUGAACAACAUAGAGGGGAAUCCACCAAAGUUAAUCAUGCCCUAAUUCUAUGGGGUCCACUGGAUACUGUCAUCAGACCUUUAAGCCGUUCAGAAACAUUGUACUCUAAUCCUUCACAGUCUGAACAAUCUUUACUGAGAGAACAUGAUGAGUUGAAUGGUUCUGGUGAGGAAGGAGUAGAUUUAGGGGAUAAUGUUGAUUCAGGUGAACAACAAAGAGUUCUGUACCGUGUACACAUUCCAAGUCUAAGGAUUCAAUUGGGUCGACUACGGAGUAUGUUACAGGGUAACAGCCGUGCCCUACAAGAGGAACAAGCAUCUUGGUCCUGUAACAACACCUCUCCGGAACCGUGA